CUAUGGUCCCAUUUCACAUCGAGUUUCUACAAACACAUGAAAAUGUCACGAAUCUUCCUGGCCACCCUCUCCCUGUUGCUCUUGUUCCUCGUGGCUUCUUCCAAGGAGGAGGGACCUCCCAAACUGCCAUUCCACUUUCAUUCUCUGUUUCCAUUUCUUGGUCAUUCCGACGAUCUUCCACAAAUUAACCCGCAGGACGUACCACCUGUAGAUCAGAAAAUACCUGUAGUGUCUAAUAGCCUCAAAAUAGACUUCUACAAAUUUAGUUGCCCCAACGCAGAAAAAAUUAUCGCAGACACUGUUGCUGAGAUGGAAAAGAGCAAUUCGGACACAAUCGCCAAUUUCAUUCGCCUUCAAUUCCAUGACUGCUUCGUUAAUGGAUGUGAUGCAUCGAUCUUGCUGGAUUACUCACCAACUGGUGACAAAGUGGAGAAAAGUUCAAUGUUCAAUGGUCUACUCCUGAAAGGAGCUGAUCUGAUUGAUGAAAUUAAGACAAGGCUGGAGAAGCAGUGUCCUGGAGUGGUUUCAUGUGCUGACAUAUUGUCAUUUGCAACGAACGAGGCAAUGACACUAGGAGGCUUGCCCCCUCGGAAGCCCCUAGGUGGUCGAAGAGACGCCAUUAUUUCCCUUGCAACCGUUGCAGAAGCCAACAACCUUCCUUUACCAGACUGGACCAUGGACCAAAUGAUAGAACUCUUCGAAAGGAAGGGCUUCAGCGUGGAAGAAAUGGUGAUCCUACUCGGUGCACAUUCUGUUGGUAUUGCUCAUUGCGAUGCCUUCAUGGAAAGGGCUUACAACUUCAGAGCUACUGGGAAACCUGACCCUACCCUCACUUUGGAAGUGGUUGAGGAAAUCAAAAAGGCGUGCCCUGGCGCUGGCACACCUCAGUAUAGGAACCCCCCAGUGAACUUUGAUCCCACCCCAACUGUGCUUGAUAACCUCUUUUUUAGAGAGAUGGUGGACAGAAGGAAAACAUUGCUCAUUACGGAUUCCCAUUUGUUGGAAGAUCCCAGGACUUUCCCAAUUGUGCAAAAGUUGGCGACUGACCCUGACAUGUUCCCAAAGAGGUUUCCUGAGGUCAUGACUAAGCUGAGUUCUUUGAAUGUGCUCAUGGGGAAGGAAGGGGAGAUCAGGAAGAUUUGUAGGUCCACCAAUGUUUAAGCAUGCCAUCAAAUCAAUGAGUGAAGAUUCAUGUUUGACUAAUUUUUUAUUCCUUAUUUUUUGGUGGGGCAUUGUACAUGUUUUGAUUUUCACAAUGAUCAGUGCCUCCUUGCUUGGUUUCUUUUCAUGUAGAAAUUCUAUGUUUUACGGCCAACGACAUUUUAAUAGUAAUGUUUGAGAACUGAA